GCGUUGUGUGCGUGUGUGGGUAGGAAAACGAGGAGCUGUACCAACCUGCCCUGAUUAAACAUUGAUUAUUGCUAUUAUUAUUCAAUCGGGACUGGCUGGCUUGGCUUUGUUGAUGUGAUCCGUUUUCCAUUUUUCUUAACUUAAUUGUUGAAAGAAAGAGUAAUACGUGCUUGAUUUAUGCUUCCGCUAAGGUCGCACGGUACGGUUUGCUAGGUUUACCCACUGUUUCCGGUCAGCUGGAUACGGAGGAGCAUCAUCCCCCCGGGCAACGAUGUCGAAGCGUUCGGCAGAGGAGGCGGCCGGCGGCGGAGGUGGUGGCGGUGCCAGCGGUACAGGUGGUGGCGCUGCGGGCACGGGCAGCGGCGGCGGCGGUUUGCAACCACCGAUCAAGAAGGUACACUUCGAGCCACACCUUAUCGGACCGAUCUCGACGCUGGAGGAGCUGGACAUCAAGGUGCUGAAGUUCCAAAACAAAAAGCUGGCCCAGCGCAUCGAGCAGCGGAUACGAUGCGAGUCGGAGCUGCGCACCCGGAUCGAGCAGCUGGAGAAGCGCCAAACGCAGGACGACGCCGUGCUGAACGUGGUCAACCGGUACUGGAACCAGCUGAACGAAGACAUACGCGUGCUGCUGCAGCGCUUCGACGCGGAAACGGCGGACGAAUCGGAAAACAAAAAUGAAAACGAAGUGACAACCUCCUUCCUGAUGCAGCUAUCGACCUGGGACAAGGAAGAGCUGGACGACAAGCUGGCGAACCGGGUGCAGGUGUCAAAGCGGGCCGUGGCCAAAAUCGUCCAAGUGUUCGACCGGCUAAUGCAGCGCAACGAGAAGCUGAUGCUGGCGCUGAAGGGCGAAUCGGAGGACGGCAAAUCGCCGGCCCUGGCGCCGCCCGAUCUAGACGAGUCCCUGCGCCAAACGUACAUCGACGUGAUGGCGGAGAACCGCAACCUGCAGACGCAGAACACGCUGCUGCACGAAAAGUUCCACACGAUAUCGCUCAAGCUGAGCGAGUACCAGGACAUGCUGAACGGCAAGGAGACGGAGGCGGCCGAGCUGCGCAACCAGAUCGACGACCUGCAGUACGAGCUGGAGAAGGUGCGGUGUCGGAACGACAAGCUCGAGAACCAUCUCGCCGAGGCGAUCGAAAAGCUGAAAGCGUACCAUCAGCUGCACGGCGGCGAUCCGCUCAGCGGCGGCGGCAGCGGGACCGAAUCCGGCCGGCACGCGUCGUCAGCGGGCGGCGGAUCGCGCGGCUCCGGCUCGAUGACGAGCGUGGCCGCCCAGCACCUGGAGGAUCUGCAGAAGGAGCUGGAGGAGUACAAGGAACUAUCGAACAACCGGUUGCAGGAGCUGGACAAGCUGCACCUGCAGCACCGGGAGGCGCUGAAGGAGGUGGAGAAGCUGAAAAUGGACAUCCGGCAGCUGCCCGAGUCGGUGAUCGUCGAGACGACCGAGUACAAGUGCUUGCAGUCGCAGUUCUCCGUGCUGUACAACGAGUCGAUGCAGAUCAAGACGCUGCUGGACGAGAGCCGGAACCAGCUGCAGUCGAGCAAAAACCAGCACCUGCGCCAGAUCGAGAUGAUGGAGAGCGAGGAGCUGAUCGCGCAGAAGCGCGUCCGCAGCGACAUGAUCCAGAUGGAGGACGUGAUGUCGCAGAUCCGGAAGGAGUACGAGAUGCUGCGGAUCGAGUUCGAGCAGAACAUGGCGGCGAACGAGCAGACGGCGCCGAUCAAUCACGAGAUGCGGCAUCUCAUCCUCUCGCUGCAGAACCACAACGGCCAGCUGAAGGGCGAGGUGCAGCGGUAUAAGAAAAAGUACAAAGACGUGUCCGCGGACAACACGAAGCUGCGGAAGGAUCUGGAGGAGCAGACGGGCAAGGUGACGGCGCUGCAGGAGGCCCAGCAGCAGCACCAGCAGCAACAGCAGCAGCAACAGCAACAGCAACAGCAGCAGCACGCCGAAUCGAUCAAGAUGGAAAACUGCCACUCGAUGCGGGAUGCGGGCGGUGGUGGUGGUGGUGGAGGCGGUGGCGGUAUGUCCGUGAAAGAAGAGUCGGGCGGCAUGCUGCACGACCGGGACGGCCAGUGUGGUGCGAUCAAGGAGGAGGACCCGAACGGAGCGCUCAACUCGUGCGGCGGGCACGGCGCCACCAGCACCGGCUCGCUAACGAGGUCGGACUCGGGCGAGGAGGGCGAGAUGGACGCGAACGGCAUCAAGCGGGAGGAGAUGAUCGGCCCGGACGGGACGGUCGUGAUGGUGGUGAAGCGGGAAGGAUCGUCCGGCGGCGGCGUCGGCAGCAUGGACGGGAAGGCGAACGGGCCGACGGACCACCAUCGGGGCGUGAAGUGUGCCGAGUCGGACCUGGUGCGCGAUCUGCGCAACCAGCUGAAGAAAGCUUUAAACGAUCAGAAAGAGAUGAAGCUACUGCUGGACAUGUACAAGGGCGUGCCGAAGGAGCAGCGGGACAAGGUACAGCUGAUGGCGUCCGAGAAGAAGAAGUGCGCCGAAAUCGAGGACCUCAAGUGUCAGAUGAAGAAGCUGCAGGAGAGCAAACGGGAGGACCGGAAGAAGCUGGCGGACGAGGAGGCGCUCCGGAAGAUCAAGCAGCUGGAGGAGCAGAAGUACGAGCUGCAGAAGCAGGUCCAGAACCAGAAGCAGCCACCGGACAGUAGCUGGAGCAGCGGCUAUCGACCAUUUGAAGAAGAGGCUCUCCUAAACGAGAUGGAAGUGACGGGACAAGCGUUCGAGGACAUGCAGGAGCAAAACUCAAGACUGAUACAGCAGUUGCGCGAGAAGGACGAUGCAAACUUUAAGCUCAUGUCCGAUCGAAUCAAGGCCAAUCAGAUGCACAAGCUGCUCAGGGAGGAAAAGCAACUGCUGGAAGAUCAGGUAACGACGCGCGACAGUCAAAUCGAGGCGAUGCACGUCGUGUUACGAAAGCUCGAGGAGAAGGAGCGCAUCCUGCAGAACACGGUGACGACGAUCGAGAAGGAGCUGGUCGCCCGCCAGCAGGCGAUGGAGAUGCACAAGCGCAAAGCGAUCGAGUCGGCCCAGUCGGCGGCCGAUCUGAAGCUGCACCUCGAAAAGUACCACGCCCAGAUGAAGGAGGCCCAGCAGGUGGUGGCGGAAAAGACGAGCUCGCUCGAGGCGGAAGCGUACAAGACGAAGCGGCUGCAGGAGGAGCUCGCCCAGUUCCGGCGCAAGGCGGACCGGAUGAAGAAGAUCGAGAUGUCCGGCACGACGAUCGACGAGGUGAUGCUGGAGGAGAUCCGCGAGUACAAGGAAACGCUCACCUGCCCGUCCUGCAAGGUGAAACGGAAGGACGCGGUACUGUCCAAGUGUUUCCACGUGUUUUGCUACGACUGUCUGCGGACGCGGUACGAGACGCGCCAGCGAAAGUGCCCGAAGUGCAACUGCGCGUUCGGGGCGAACGACUACCACCGGCUCUAUCUGUCGACGUAAGGCGCUGCAAGGGCCCGACCGGUGUUCGGCCGCCGUGUGUGUGUGUGUCUCUCCCCACGCCCCGCCUCUGUGUGUGUAUCUGUGUGUAUGUGUAUGUGUGUGAGUGGGCACGUACAGGGUGGUGCGUUUUCCGGUGGUUGCGACAGCACACACACUCGCUACUACUGGUGCGACUGGUUCUCUUCUCCUUCCUGUCUUUUCCCCGCAAAACACAAUCUCGGCUCGCGGUUCACGGCCGUUUCUGCCUAGUCCUUACCUUUGCCCUGAAGUUGGAAUCCUUUACUUGCCUGACUUGCGCGAAGUGUCCGGGACCGGUCACAGACAUUAACUCCAUCCGUUGUAAUGUAAAGUAAUGUUGUACAGUUUGAAUCGGUUCCCGGGGGCGCGAAAAGAGAAGUAACCUAAACGGACCGUUGUCACACUGUUAUUAUUGCGCUAUUACGCGCAUGUUUAGUAGCCUCAAGCAUAGAAUGUAGUCCGCUCCCGACAGGCCGGAACAAUCGAAUCUAUUUCACAACGUAUUUUGUUAGCAAAAAAAACAAAAACACGAGAAACGGCAAUCGAGGUCGCAUCAUCAGAGCACCGGCCGAGUAGGGGGAAAGAUAGGGCAAUUUUCGAAGCAAUUUGCUAGUCUCUUUUUCAUAUGCCGCUCCUGUAGAUGGAUUGCAUUGAAGGGGGCGCCCCUAACCCGGGAAUGUUAGAUAGAUUUUCCUAAACUAGGUUUUAUACGAUUUCUUUUACGAAACUGUUUCACUCGUAAAGCCUCUCCCCAAAACACUGCAGAGUAAACUAAUAAGCCAAUCUUUAAACACAAAAAGCUCUCCCAGUUUUUAGUGUCUGUCCCCUCCCUGUAGAAAGACGUGCCCCAAGUAAGGAACUGUUGUUUUAUCUGUCCUUCCCCUAUCCCUUCCGCCAACCGCAACCCGCCCUGUACAGCCCCUGUGCGCCGCGGAUACACGCUUCGUUCACGGAUUCGUGCGGCGAAUCAUUAACCUCAUUCAGGCCACCAAGCUAGGCAAGGGCACAGUUUCUGCGGACAGAAGAGCGCGCGGGAAAAAACAAAACGAUGGCUCUCUACCUCCACGAGUGGGUGUGCGUGCGUGUGCGUGUGUGUGUACGGCAUUCCGGUAUUUCCCGGAGAGGAAGAAGAGACUGUGAAUGCAUCGUGUUCCGGAGUUCGGAGUAAGCGAAAGCGCCCUAAAAUCCCCUGUGAGCAGUGUGCACAACAAGCUCGAACCUGUGAGGGGGGAAAAGAUGCAAUAGUGCUCGAGCGAUUGUUUUUUUUUUGAAAGUUGUAGGUGAUAAGGCUUAGAAAGAGGAAGACGAAGCAUCAUCAUAUUAACAAAAAAAAACCCUUCCUCCUUUAAUCUAGUAUGUAAAUUUCCAAAAUAGAAAUUAGCAAGUAGUAGGUGUGCGCGUGUGUGUGAAGGCAGAUUAUAUAUAGUAUAUAUAUUAAUUCAGAGGACAAGUAAACAAGUAAAAACAAAACACGCAAAACUACCGAAAUUCGAAUCGAAGCUCAUCUGUCUUCACGCAAACGAGGAGAGAGAGAGAGGGGGGUGGUAUAUGGUAUAGGACAAUUUUAGAACGCCUCUAACACUCACCUCCUCCCGUGUCGUCGUGGUCGUCGGAUUCGAUCCGGCUUCGAUCGCGCACCCGGGAGUGGAAAGCUAAGGGUAGAAAAAGAAUGCUCCACUUUUAUAAAAACCGCAUCUCCGUUGUUGUAGCCUGUGCAAACGGUUACCUCUUCUUCUUCAGCCGGUCCAUUGAAGGUUAGUGAAGGUGGGCAACUGUUUGCUAACCAGCACUAGCAGACAUUUUGCUCCCCCUUUACUGUGCUUGAUGCAAAUGAUUUCUGUUUUAGUAGCGCGUUUUUCUAACCGUUUUAAUACUAAUCAACAUGCUGCUUGCUCGGCUUGCCCCAAAGGCAUGUGGCGGAGGGACACAAUCCAUUGUAACAAUGGGAGAGAGAGAGAGUGGGGAGAGCGAUAUGAGACAGAGCACACCCGGGACGGACGGACGGGCUCGGUAUGCGUUGCUAGGCGACACACACACGGGUUUCUAUGUUUCCCUGUUUUCGCCGGUAACACUCACACGAUGCAUUCACAGUAAUCACCGCUGUCGGAGCAUUUUUAGGGGGGGUCGACACUCACUCAGCACACAGCAGUUCAACUGCUCUGGACCCCUGCCCUCGUCGGAAGAGCGAGAGAGAGAGAACCACAAAGGGACGAGAAGAGAGAACGUAAGAAAAU